CUGGUGUCGAUGCUGCUGCAGCUUCACCGAUUCCAAGCUCUUUGUUCGGCGCAACCGUCUACGCCCGUAACGAACGAGACACAGUCGGUCGGUCGGUCGGUCGAUGUGUGUGCGUGUUUUUGUCGCAGAUGGUGCUGUGGGUAUGGCGACCACAUGGUCUCCGGUUUCCGGGAUGGGAUGCUGCUGUAUGCCCCCAAAUCUCACCACCGACGACCGGUAACUUCGGAGUGCAUUGCUACUGUCUUAUGUGUUAGCAGCAUUAGACGCCAGAGAACAUGGGUAGUGACAACAAAAGCAAUCCACAUGCCGGCCGGCAAAACAUAAAGCGAGGGAUCGCGACGAACAGGCGCAGACCAUCCAAGUGCCAGACGACAGACAACGGGCGGCAAGCCAACCGCAGCAGACAGAAAAUCACACACCAACACACAGCGUCUAUAGGACUGGCGCAUUCGGUACGAAUUUGGUGAAUAGUUCCACCAUUGCAAUUUGGCUGGUAAACGUCCCUGCGAAUGUUGAGGACUCGUACUAGCAUUGUAAAGAAAUUCUUAUCGAAUUUUAAAACUUUUCUCAAAAUUUGGUGCAAUUAUAAUGAAAAUAUUUCCCUCGAAAUAACCAAAGCUAUGACACUGGAAUAAACUGUCUACAUACACAUACUUGAUGGAAGCAAGAAAUACUGCAUUUUGACAAUCCGAUGAUAAGAUAAAUCGUGUGUUUUGACAAUACAGCUUCACCAGCACAUCAUAAUGGAAUUGCAAAAGAGAUUAAACUUCGAAUGGCUUCCGCAAACAGAAUUCCUUUUGCCAGACCGGGGUGUUUUUUUUUAAAUCCAUUUUGACGCAAUGAAAACAUUCCACGCCGUCCCAUGCCAAACGUCGACUCUUGACCCUGGGAAAGCUCAUCGAUCUUCCCAGUUCUUCUUUUCCCCGUUUAAAGAUAAU